AUGGCCACCUCCACCAUGUCUGUCUGCUCUGAUGCCCACACCGAGUCCUCCUGGCAGGUGGACGACUGUCCAGAGAGCUACUGCGAGCCCUGCUGUAUCCCCAGCUGCUGUGCCCCCUGCUGCGCCCCCAGCGACUGCCAGUCCAGCUGCUGUGCCCCAGCCCCCGGCCUGACCCUCAUCUGCACCCCAGUGAGCUGUGUGUCCAGCCCCUGCUGCCAAUCCACCUGCCCCAGCUCCUGCACACCAUGCUGUCAACAGUCCAGCUGCAGCUCCUCCCCCUGCCAGCAGUCCUGCUGUGUGCCCCUCUGCUGCAAGCCCGUCUGCUGCACACCAGUCUGCUGUAAACCUGUCUGCUGUGAGCCGGUCUGCUGUGGGUCUUCCUCCUGCUGCCAACAGUCCAGCUGCCAGCCCUCCGGCUGCAGCUCCUCCCCCUGCGGCAGCUCCUCCCCCUGCUGUGUGACCCUCUGCUGCAAGCCCGUCUGCUGCACACCAGUCUGCUGCAAGCCCCAGUCUAGCUGCCAGCCCUCAAGCUCCCAGUCAUCCUGCUGUGCACCCCUCUGCUGCAAGCCCGUCUGCUGCAGACCCUGCUCCAGCGUGUCCCUGCUCUGCCGCCCCGUGUGCAGACCCACCUGCUGCGUGCCCGCCUCCUCCUGCUGCCUGGUGCUGUCUCCUCUCCAUGGCUCUCUGAUGCGCCAUGUCUGA